AUCAAAAAAACAUCAUUUACAUGUAAUAAUACCAGAUGAAAAUGGAGGACAGCAAUCGAAAUACGAAAACGAACGUAGAAGAAUGCGGGAAGAGUGAAAGAAUUCCAACAUUAGAAGAUUUAAAAGACAAUAUUCCUGACUCGAAAGAUCUGAAAGAUAACUUAAAAACAAUAACAAUAAUAAACAAUUAUUGCAAAAUGAAGAAACCAAGCUAUUUUAUGCAUAAAAACUUUCAUUACAAAGAGGAAUUAUCAAGAAGAAUCUCAAUCAAAAGGGAAUAUGGUUUUUAUAAUUACUGUUUUGUAAGUGUUUGCAUUAGUUUUAUACUUGGUUUAUCGAUUGGUGUGGUCAUAAUGGGAUCACCACAAACUCAAGUACUAAGUCCUGUAAGUCCUAGAAAAGUUUUGAGAUUGAACAAUUCCCGAGAUAUUCAUUCGAGAAGUUUAAAUUCUUUAAAGUACAGUAAUGGUGUUAGAACAAGCAAUGAAGUUGAUAUUACAAAUGAAAAAGAUUUAAAUAAAUUUUCUUCAGUUUCGUUUACCGGAGAGAAUGAAACGCAAAAAUAUGUUAAAGAUGUUUAUCCAAAAAGUCUAACUGAGGAUAUGAAAGAAAUCUUAAAAGAUAACAAAAACUCUCAUCACAAGCAUUCUAUUGCAAAUGUUAUUAGCAAUAAAACUGAAUACGUUCCUAAUGAUAAUACUGUGCUGUAUGAUAAUAUUUAUUGGGGGUCCGAGGUCGAAAAUUCAAUGCCUCAAGGUUACGGAGAGAACACAGCAGAGAUUUGGGAAAGAUAUGUAGAACAAAGUGAAGUAAUUAAAAUGGAAAAUGGCUGUGGCAGAAUGCAAAAUAGACUUGUAACUUUCAAAGAUGGAAUUCAAGCUUGCGUUCGAUACAGACAAAAUACUGAUCAAAUACAAGGGGAGAUUUUCAGUUUUUAUGUUGGAAGGUUAUUAAAUUUAACAAAUUUGGCACCUUCAGUUGUUAAAGUUGUGGACUUAAAGGAUAAACUAUGGCAAAGUGUAUCUGGAGAUAUUUCCAACGCGCAAUGGAACACAAAUAGAGCUGUCGUUCUCACUCAGUACAUACCGAGUUUAGAAUCAGCAACAAUACCUGAGAUCUUCAAACCAUCUAAUAGACAUUUGAAUAAAAUAGAUGUAUUGAAAAUGUCCAUAAAAGAUAACGACAUUGGUGAUACAUCGAAGCAAAUAAUGAUAAAUAAACUAAAAGCGAAGAAAGAUAAACAUACAAAAAAGGAUAUCGAGGAACCAUUCGAUCAUAUAGACCUUAAGCUGACGAAAUCUACAAUUCAACUAUUCGUAGAAUUAGCGCAAUGGUCUGAUCUCAUUAUAUUUGAUUACCUUACUGCGAAUUUAGACAGGAUUGUAAAUAAUUUGUUCAAUUACCAAUGGAACGUCAAUAUAAUGGACGGUCCCGCUCAUAAUUUAGCGAGAAAGAUGGAUAGUGGAUUAUUAUUAUUUCUGGAUAACGAAUCCGGACUACUCCAUGGGUAUAGAUUAUUAAAAAAAUAUAAUGUGUAUCAUAGCCUUAUGUUAGACAAUUUGUGUGUGUUUAGAAAGAGAACAGUAGACUCAUUAAAAUCUUUAUAUGAACAAUCAGUGGGUGUUAAACUUAGUGAAAUGUUCCAUCAGAAGAAUAAUGCAGUUAUUAGAGACAUAUUACCGCCAUUACCAGAGAAAAAUGCGAAAAUUUUACACGAACGAAUAGGCAAAGUUUUAAGUCAGAUAGAGAAGUGUGAGCAAGCGUUUGCUAAUAGAUAAUUUAUGUUGUAAAACUUGUACUGAAAUUGGUCCCACAAAAAAUUCCUUCUCAUUUUAUUUCUUACUCAUUUAGAAAUAUAAGUGAAGUGAGCAAAUUUAUUUUU